AUGUACAUGAUGAGUGGUAGAAAACGCAAGCGAGAUGCAUCCAUACAAUGCAGUAAAAAUAUUGCACAAGAAGAUAUACAAAGAUCUACGGUGACUGAACAAGAAGAAGCAUUGGACCUGCGGCAAUCAUCGAAACCUCCAAUUAAGCUCUUUCGAGGUCAUGAUGAUGGUGGUGAAUGCAAUAGUAUUGACAUUGUUGCUGAUAAGACAACAAAUGAGAAGAUGCACUAUAACAAUGUCAACUCAACACUUUUUAAUGACAUGCUCAUGGAUAUACCUACUCAAGAGUUACAAUCCAAGCAUGAUUUUGAUAACCCAAUACGACCACAAAUAAUACGAGACCGGCCAGUUAAUACUAAUAUCCAUACAUUUUCAAUGCCAAAAGAGCAACAGAUUGAGAUGAGUCCAUUUUCAGUUAUGCAUCAACAGCAAUCAAAUGAUGAGGACGAUGAUGAAGAUUAUGAAGAUAGCGAUGAAGAAGUUCUGUUAAUAGACGAAACGACAGCACCAGGUGGACUGUCUUCAUCAAAAACAACGACAUGUGUUACCGGAGAGUCGACAGCGACAGCACCAGGUGGACUGUCUUCAUCAAAAACAACGACAUGUGUUACCGGAGAGUCGACAGCGACAGCACCAGGUGGACUGUCUUCAUCAAAAACAACGAUCAGAGAGUGCAAGGAGGACCGAGAUCAUUUCAAGAAUGAUGUUCCUGUUAAUUUGAUUGUAUCGGAAGAGAUUAGUGUUAAUUGUGUAAGAACACAAACUAGUAGUUUGAAAAUGCGUGUUUGGAAAGCACCAUUACCUUAUCAGCAGCCGUUAGAGAGUCUGUGUGAGUGUACUUGGAGAUCCAUUUCUACGCUUCACUUUCAUGAUAGUAAAGUUGCAAUGGUAGACAAGCCAAGUCGUACAGAGUACGGAAACUCGGAUUAUAUUAAACAAGCAUAUUCAUCAGGAGCAGUUGUGUUUAAUUGGAUCAGUAAUGAAUUAAGCACCUUACAGUAUAUGGAUUUCUUUCAAGCUGAAAAAACGCUAAGUGAUAUUGUGUGCGUGAAGGCAGGAUUUAAGGAAUCAUCGACUGGAAAUAGGUCAAUGAAGGACUUGAAUAGAUUAUCAGUAAUGAACUAUGCUGAAGACAUACGAGAAGACGUUGAGCUAGAUGAAGUUUUGCGCAACAUUCAUCCAUCUGUUAAGGACAAAAUUAAUUUAUGUAUGGAUGCUGCAUCAUCGGCUGUAUUGAAACAACCGUAUGUUGCUGCUGCCUGCACCGCUGAUGUCACGGUAUCACCUUGCACAUAUACAAAUAUAGAUGAUAUUAUGGAGUAUAUGCUGCACAUUUUACCGCUUGCCAUUAAUGUUUCAAGCAUUCGUUUUGACUCUUGCAUGUUGACAUCAUCACUUUGGGAAAAAUAUGAUAAUCAAAUACCAGUUAAAUGUGACGGUCAAAAACGCCACAUAAAAUUGAUGUUUGAUAAUUGCAUAGUAAGUGCAAAGUGUGUGGGUAACAUCAUUAGCACUCUAAUAAUAUGUGAUUUUCAUAUAACUAGUACAGGAUUUGGUAGUAACGUACCGUUGUGUUGCUAUGAGGACUUUGACGUAUAUGUAUUUCCAUGGUUAGAGUCGCAUUCUAUUGUUUUUAAUGUUAUCAAUGACUUUGGUGUUAACAAGUCCGUGUUUUCUGAGCUAGAGAUGCUGUAUGUUUUGUUUAGUAAGACCAAGAAUCACAGAAAGCGAAAAGUGAUAGAUGAGUCUCUGAACGUGCAAUAUGGAGAACUUUACAAGCAUUAUAUGCAAAAGUACAUGAUUAUUGUGAUUAUGGGCAUGCUGCGAUAUGGAUCUGCGGGACGUUUUAUGUAUCGAUUGGAUAAAGCAUAUAUCAUUCACAACGGCUAUGCAAAAAUGCCACAUAUGGCCGGAAAGUCGUGGUUAUGGGAGUGUUUGUCUACACACCAAUUAGAACUUCGUGAAGUGAGGUCUUUCAAAGAGAUUAUAUUCACGCAUGGCUAUAAAAAGUUAAAUGGAUCUCAAGUGCCCAAAAAUAUGAUGAUACAUACUACCCGUUCUGACAUUUCACCGGAUGGGAAUUGGGACUGCGAAAAAUUUACAUCAGUAAAGGAGGAGAUAUUUUCUUUUCUCGAUACACGUCACAAUAACAGUAAUAGUACACUGGUGUUUAAAUUGUGUAAUGCCAGCAAACCUAACAGUAGAACUAUGUACUUUAACAGUACUUUUACAGGUCCUACAAGGCUAACUGCAAUCAUGUAUUUUAACUUGUAUGAUUUGUAUGAUCCUCAAUACAUGUAUGAUGUACGCCCAAUCUCGUUUGUAACUGAAUUGGUUGGUGAGAAGAAUAUUAGAGCUAAUGUGGAGGUGCAUAUACAAGACUGUAAGCGCAUUUUUGAGCUUUUUGAUAAAGAAAUAGUUUUGCAAAUGCAGUAA